AUGAUGGAUAUAUAUAAUAAAGCACUAAGAAAUCCUGAUACUCCAAGGAAACAUUCUACAGGAACUACAGCAACAACAACAAGUACAACUCAAGCAAGUAAUAAUUCAUCACCUUUUAUAAAUCCAAAUAUAAAUUCAAGAAAUUCAAGUAUUAUACCUAAUAAUUCACAAAAUAUUCAUUUAACAAAUACUUUACCAUCAAUGCAUCCUCAAACCACCACUCUACUACCAUUACAAACUUUAAUACCAAUACAACAACAAAAUCAAUUAUUACAACAACAACAGCAACAACAGCAACAACAACAUUUACAACCUUCUAUGUCACUACCAACUCCAAAUCAAUUACAACCACCACCGCCUCCACAACCUAAUUUUUUACCUCCACAACAACAACAACAUUUAAUGCCAAAUCAAAAUUAUAUAGCGUCAGCAAUUCAUCAAUCAACUACUCCACCAACUUCAUCUAAUAUAUUUCAACAACAACAACAACAACAACAACAACAAUUAGAAAGAUCACCUUUAUCACCAAAUUUAAAUCAAUUACAAGUACAAGAUUUAAAAGAAUCAGCAGCACAAAGAAAAAAGAAAAACCUGAGAAGAAAACAUAGAAAUUCUCAUUUAGGUUGUGGAACAUGUAAAAAAAGAAGAAUUAAAUGUGAUGAAACUUUACCAUCAUGUUUAAAUUGUUUAAAAGGUAAAUUACAUUGUGCUUAUUUAAAUUUAGAUAAUAAUGCAAGAUCAGCUUUAAGAAUGGCUCAAUAUAAUCAAAAUGUAAGACAAGAAAAAUUGGAAGUUGGAAAAUUAAUGGAUGAACAGAAUAGUCAAGUACAACAAAUGCAACAACAUCAACACCAACAACAUCAGCAACAACAGGUUCCUCAAGGGUUAGGAAUUAAUCCUCAACAUCCGAAUUUAAGUCCUAGAUUAGCUAUGUUACAACAACAGCAACAUCAACUACAACAACAACAGCAGCAGCAGCAACAACCAUUACAAACCGUACAAACUGCAAGUGGUGCAAUAGUGACUAUACCUACUGGAGCUCCUAUGAUUCAAGCUGGAUAUCAACCAAGUAAUGGAGGUGCUCCACCAUCAGGAAGUCCCAAUUUUAUUGGUCAACCUGCUCCUUCAAAUCAACAACCACAAAUUGUUCAAUCAGCUUAUGGUCCAUUAGUACCAAUUAUGACAAAUACUGGAAGUAUAGUCUAUGCUCCUACUUCUUCAUUAUCAACUCAACCACCACCUCCACAACAACUUGGACAACCAUCACAACAACAACAACAAUCUCUUCAACAACAUCAGCAACAACAAUUACCUUUAUCACAGUCAGUACAACAAAUGCAAUCAAUUCCACCUCAUCAGCCACCUCAAAAACAACCUUCAUUAACCCCAAUAACAUCAACAGCAGCAAGUGCAGCAGUAAUGGCUUCACAAAAUAUCCCUAUAAAACAGAUCCAACAACAACAACAACAACAACAACUGAAACAAGAAGAUUUAAAAAGAUCUUCAAUAUCAGUAUCAUCCCCAGCAAAUGAUGUAAAAUUGCCAUCAAUACCACCAAUUCCUAUUCCACAAAUUAAUGUACAACAAACACCAACACCAUCACAACCUUCUUCAUUACCAAAUUCAAUAAAAAGUUUAACAUCUCCAAAAAUCAAUAAAAAUGGAGGAUUUUCACCAACUCAUUCAAUUUCAACAACAAAUAAUGAUCAAAUAAAAACAGCAACAACUUCACCUAUUUUACCUAAUAUUUCACAAUUUACUAAACAACAACAACAACAAGAAACUUCACCAAAAUCUAUAAACUCAAAUAUUUCUAAAUCUGAAUCAGUAUCAAAUUUAAGUAAUUUGAGUAUUAAAGAAAAAGAACAACAAAAAAAUCAACAAGAACAAGAGCAACAACAAGAUGCAGAACAUCAACAACAAGAAGAUAAAGAAAAAGAAUCAAUUGAAAUUGAAAAUGAAGAAAAAGAAAAUAUCAAUGCUCCUCCUAAUGAUGAUUUUAAGUUACCAAGUAUAAAUAAUUUAAGAACUGGUACUAAUGGUAAUGAAGAAGAAAAAGUUUCAAUUUCAAAAUUGAUAACUUGA